CGGGAGCCCAACUCGGCACCGCCGUCGCCCAGUGCGGACACGAGACCACGUUUGGCUUCAUCACGAUCGCUGCCUGCUUCGUACAAGUCCUUCUCGGUACACACUCCAACCCGACUCCUUAACGGAAGUCUGCCAUGCAAUCUGCCUUGUAAAGCAGAUAAUCGUGUUUUUUUUUUCGCAGCAUAUCUUAGCUUUCGCCGUCGCCGUAGCAUAAUCAUUGUGCCAUCUCUCUCCAAUGAGCAGAAAACCAUGCGCUUGACCGUCCGUCCGCAGCUGGAGGCCGAUAUCGAGCCCGCCUUACGCACUCAAUACGCCGCCUUUCGUACCGGUGCCAUGGGCAAACUUCUCACCCCUAAUCCAUCUCCUUCACCGGAAUACCUCGUCUCGGCGACCAAGUCCCGCCUGGCUACCAUGCGCUCCAAUCCCGCCGCUCACUUUAUGGUUGUGGAGGAUCUGGACCUGCUACCGGCGAACCCUAUCAUCGCAGCCGCUCAUUGGGACAUAUACGCCGAGGAGCGCACCGAGGCCCAGGUCGAUGCGUUGUGCCACAAGGCCGACCCUCCACCCGACGCAAACGCUGCCGCCUGGACUGACUUCUUCGGCCACUUUGCGGAGAGCAGACGUGCCCUGGGCACCAAGCCCGUGGCCGUGCUGCACACCCUCACCGUACACCCUGACCAUCAGAGACGCGGCGCCGGUACGUUGCUCAUGCGCACGUUUGUCGAGCAAGUGGACAGAGCCGGUGUAGAGGCAUACAUUGAAUCUUCGGAGAUGGGUAAGCCUCUGUACGCAAGGUUUGGCUUUGCCCCGGUCUUGGAAAGGAGGUUCGACCUGACAAAGUACGGCGCUGAGGGUGUGGAGGUGAACACGAUCAUGGUGAGACCGCCUUUAUCAAUGCUUCAAACCUCUUCAACUUAGGCGUAGAUAUGUCAGCUCCUAAUUAGGUAUCUAUCUGCCACGACAUGUGCCCCUAAACUAGGUGUUAGGUGAUUAUGCUUUGCAAUGUCACAUCUAUCCUCCCGGUUCUUCACUCACACACUUGCGGCCCCUCGAGCAAUUUUUGUCUUUUUAGCUGUCUCUUCGUCAGUGUCGUCUACAGUUAACACUUAUGGGAACAUUGAUUUCUUGGAGCACGCUUUUUUUAUGCACUGAGUAAACGGC